UUUGUCGAAUCUGCUCCCGCAACAAAUUUUGUAAUUUUUGUAUCGGUUUAUCCUGCCUUACUUUUACUGAAAAAGCUGAAACAUUGGACGAGACAAAAUCUGAAUUGAUCAAUAAUUGAUCAAUAAUUGACUAAUUAUUAGUCAAUUAUGGAAUCAUCCCCUCAUGUUAUCCAAGUUAUGGGCAAUUGUAUUUCCCUCUUGGUAAGAAAAUCGAUAUUCUUGGAAAUAUGUAAAUACAUACAUGCAUUUUAUUUUAAAAUUGUAUACAGUUUGCGUGCAUUUACAUAUUUUGCAGGUAACGGAUAUUUUGGUCUAUGGAGUUUUGGUUCCAGUCCUUGGAGCUUUUUGUGGAAGUGCAGCGGCUCGAAUGUUGGAUGCCGAAGGUCCAUUUGAAAUCUACCUCGUCAUCCUCGGAGUUUGUGGAAUGUUCUUUUGUACUUUCACCAUUUUCCGUUGGAUGAACGUAGAACCGAGAUUUUGGAAGCAUCUCUUCGCACAGGACAAGGGAUACUACUCGAUUCUGAUGUUGCGAGAUGCAGUCAACGUUUUCACGUUAUUCUCCAGCAUUCAGCUAUUUUACAAGUCGAUAUUGGGCAUGUCUCAAUUUCAGCAGAAUAUGACAAAGGAUUCGAACCUUGGCGAAGGAAUUGGCUUUGUAUUCUGGAAUGGAUUAGGUGAAUGGAAUUUCCCAGUCCCCAACUCGAUCAAACAACGGUACACUUGGACACUGGAAACGGAUAAAUCGCGAUUCUUUGAUUGGGGGAUUAACGCCUCAAUUGAAGAAGAAAGACUUAAAAUGAACCACAUGGUGAACACAGCUAAACUUGUUCUUGCAAUUGCGUUCCUUACGGCAUCCGUUCUGAAACUGAGCUACUUUUCCGUCCUUCACACCUACCUGAGAGCUAUGACGAUUUUCACAACGAUGCAGGACUCCUCACCUCCCAACAGUCGAGGAGGAGCGAGUAUGGCAAGCGUGGUAUCGGAGUAUGUCUCCGAUUCAGCGUUUCAUAUGAACCCCAUGAAGACCAAGUCACCUCCUUCCAAGACCGAAGUCAUUAAGCCACAGAAAGCUGCAUGAAUUUUGAAAUAAAUUUUUGACGCAGUUC